GUUCCUCCUCCUAUUCCCCCGAUCGGAACCCUAAUACCCCCAAAACUUUCUCCUUUUUGGGCGCCCCUUUCCCUAUAAUCCUACCGAUUUCCUCCCUUUCUCCGAAAAGUCAGUCUUCCAUCGACCGCUCUCCAUCUCUUGCGCCGCCGUGUGCGUCUUCCUGUCUCUCUGUUUUGGCAUCCCAAAACAAGUUUCAACGGUGCGUGUCUAUUCGAUUUAUUCGGGUGGCUGUACUGUUGUGUUGAACUAGUGAGUUUUAGGGUUCUUUUGUUUGAGUUUCCUGUACGGGGAGAUCAUGUGGAGAAACUGCGAAUUAAACCAAUAAGAAGUCAUGGAAACGAAGGAAAACUUUGAUUUAAAUUUCUUUUCCUUAUUAUUUUUUUUGGGGGGGAAUGGAAGGACUCAACCCAAAUCUGAUUCUUCUUAACUGAAAAAAAUGUUGAUAAGAAGAUUAAAAAUCCUGCUUAAACCCUUGUUCAAUCCUCACCUUCGUCUCAUAGUUACCGAGUCAACACAAAAUCAACUCAGCAACCCAUCUAACCCAGCCAACUCUAUAACUCCAAUCAACCAAUCCACUCUCCUAAAAGUAUGUACGAUCCUCUACCAACAGCAAAACUCACCGAACUCGCGCCUCGACUCAUCUCUCUCUUCUUACAAUCCUUAUUUCAACCCUGAAUUCUUCCUUCAAGUUUGCAACACUUUCCCAUACUCAUGGCGUCCUAUCUAUCGUUUCUUCCUCUACACCCAAAAACUCCCUCAUUUCACUCACAACUCUGUCACCUUCAACAAAAUGUUGGAUGUCAUUGGAAAAUCCAGAAACAUUGACCUUUUCUGGGAAACUUGUCAAGAAAUGGGGAAACUUGGUUUGGUCAAUGAUAAGACAUUUAGGAUCGUUUUAAAGACCCUUGCUUUAGCUAGGGAAUUGAAGAAAUGUUUGGGUUUUUUCCAUUUGAUGAAUGGGUCUGGAGUCGGAUACAAUUUGGAGACUUUGAACAAGGUGGUAGAAUGUCUAUGCAAGGAUAAGCUUGUGGAAGAGGCAAAGUUUGUGACUUUCAAGUUGAAAGAGUGGGUUCAGCCAACUGGGGUUACUUAUAAGUGGUUGAUAUGGGGAUUCUGCAAUGUGGGUGAUUUGAUUGAGGCGUCAAAGAUUUGGAAUCUGAUGGUGGAUGAAGGGUUCGAGCUCGAUGUCGAGGUCGUCGAGACGAUGAUGGAGACACUUUUCAAGACGAAUAAAUAUGAUGAAGCAAUGAAAGUUUUCCAAAUGAUGAGAGUUAAGAGAAUGUCCGAUUUGGGGCUUUCGAGUUACAGGGUUGUGAUCAAGUGGAUGUGCAAGAGAGACAAGAUUGAGCAAGCCAAUGGGGUGUUCGACGAAAUGCGCCAAAGAGGGAUCCAAGCUGAUAAUUCGACCUUGGCUUCGAUUAUUUACGGGCUUUUAGCAAGGGGAAGGAUUAGAGAGGCUUAUAGGAUUGCGAAUGGGAUCAAGAAUCCGGAUAUCGAUGUUUACCAUGGACUAAUAAAGGGGCUUUUGAGGUUGAGGAAAGCAAGUGAAGCAACACAAAUCUUUAGAGAGAUGAUAAAGAGAGGUUGUGAGCCGAUCAUGCAUACGUAUAUCAUGUUACUUCAAGGUCAUUUGGGGAAGAGAGGGAGGAAAGGACAUGAUGCAUUGGUGAAUUUCGACUCGAUAUUUGUGGGGGGUUUGAUUAAGGCUGGGAAGACAUUAGAGGCUACCAAGUAUGUGGAGAGAACAAUGAAAGGAGGAAUGGAAGUGCCCCGAUUCGAUUACAACAGAUUUUUACACUAUUACUCGAAUGAGGAAGGCGUAAUGAUGUUUGAGGAGGUGAGCAAGAAAUUAAGGGAAGUGGGAUUAUUCGAUUUAGGUGAUAUAUUGGAGAGAUAUGGGCAGAAAAUGGCCACUAGAGAUGGGAGAAGAGACAGGGAAGUGGAGCCAUGAAAAUGAACCUUCAAAAACAGAAGACAAGUUCUAGUGUUGUAGUGUAAAUACAUUAUAUACAAGAGAACGGGAUUUUUUUUUA